UACAGAUUUGCUCUGGACAGCUUCAGAACUGGAUACAUAAAGCUCUCAGGAUGACCGUGGAAAGACAAAUAAAAGCCAGCAGCACAGCAGUGCGUUAUGGGGCUUCUUAUGGAGGCAAUAGACUCUUCUCUGCUGGAAGAAGUUCUUUCAAGUCCGGUGGAUAUGGGUCAUCAUUUGGAGGUGGUUUUGGAGGAGUUGGACUUUCCAGAGUCCUGGGGGCAGGUUCAGGUGCAGGGGCAGGUUUUGGCUUUAGAUCAGGUCUAGGAGGAGGAGCUGGUUUCAGGGCUGGAGGAGGCUUUGGUGGAGGUUUUGGUGGAGGCUUUGGUGGAGGUUUUGGUGGAGGCUUUGGUGGUGGUGUUGGUCUGGGACUAGGCGCUUCGGCUCUUGGGAGUGCAGGUGGUAGGCUUGGUGGAGCCACUGGCAUUUUGAGGGGUCGUCUGGGAGGUAGAGGUUUUAAGGUAGGAAGCUAUGGCUUCAGUCCUGCCUUCUUGUACAACCUCAAGGCUGGUGGUCCAGGCGGACCUGGUGGUAUUCCUGGCAUCUCUGACAUUCCCUCCAUUGACCCCUCCCUGCCAUCUGUGGACACUGUCCAAGUUACUCGUCUAAAGGAGAAGGAAGAACUCCAGAGCCUUAACAACAAGUUUGCAUCCUUCAUUGACAAGGUCCGCAGUCUAGAGCAACAAAAUACUAUCCUGAAAGCUCAGAUUUCCAUGUACAGCAGAACUGAUGCAAGUGGACCAGUCAGCCCAUCUGUAGUUAGCACAACAGCUGUUGCUGGUUACAAAGCUCAAAUUGAGACCUUGUCACAAACAAAAUCAGUUCUUCUUGCAGAAAUUGACAACUACAAGCAGGUCAUUGAAGAAAUACAAGUUAAAUACGAUGAAGAAACUUCAGUAACCAAGUCAUUAGAGGGAGAAUGGAGUUCUCUAAAAGAGGAUGUGGAUCACUUGUACUUGACAAUAUUUGACCUGCAAACCAAACUUACUGGAAUUGAAGACCAAAUCACCCUUUCCAAACAAUUAUAUGAUGCUAAAGUCAGAGAAGUACAGACUGUUGUUACCAACGGCACCAAAGCAGCCAUAUCCAUUUCUUUCGAUAACUACGCUCAAGCUGUAGACUUAACGUCAGCCAUAUCUGACAUGAAACUGCAGUAUGAAGCAUUGGUAGCAAAGACCAAACAGGAAGCCUUUGCCGCAGCUGAGAGCAAGAUUAUUUUGGCAACAGGAAGUACCAUACCCGCAGUGCAAUCUCUGACUUCAUACAAAGAGGAAUACAGGGCGGUCAAACUACAGGUUGACUCAAUACAACGUGAAAUUGAGCGUGUGAAGACAUUGAAUAUUCAGCUGGAGUCACAAAUUGUAGAAGCAGAAUCCAGCACGGGCAGUGAGGUUGACACAUACCAAGAACAAGCAUCCGCUCUCAAGGGUCAGUUAGAUGACAUCCGAAAGCAAAUUGCUCAUUACGGACAAGAAUAUCAAGAUCUAUUGGCAGUGAAAAUGGGAUUGGAUGUAGAAAUUACUGCCUACAAGAAACUCAUGGAUAGUGAGGAGUUAAGGCUGAGCACUGGCAGUGGAAUCACUGUGCAUUCAACUAAAACUUCUUAUGGAGGAGGAGCUGCACUAGGUGGAGGAGGUGGUGCAGGAGCUGGCCUGGGAGGUGGUUUUGGUGGUGGUCUUGGUGGUGGUUUUGGCGGAGGUCUUGGCGGAGGACUUGGCGGAGGUCUUGGUGGAGGUCUUGGCGGAGGUCUUGGCGGAGGUCUUGGCGGAGGACUGUCUGGAUUUGGUAGUGGAUUAAGCUUCAGUGGAAGUGGUGGACUCGGAGGUCUUAGUCUUGGAGGUGGACUAUCGAGUAGUAUUGGAGGAGGUUUUCUAGGAAGCCUGAAUGCAAGCUCAAUAUCCACAUCUACUGCCUUUUGAAGAACGUCAGUUGUCAAUGUCUGAGAUAUCACUCACCCAGUGACAGAUUAAAACUACUAGAUUUUCAACACGCAAUAUUUUAAAUCUGCACUUGUCAAGUGUCCCAGAAGACAAUCCAUGCUUUAAAAAUCUUUACUUCAUAUUUUCUAAUAUUUUGUGUUUGUGUGAACUGUAUGGUUUUAAAAAUUUCCUCUAAGUAAUCUUGGGGAACUAAGAGGUACUUUUUUCUGUCUGUUUCUCCAUACUGACCAUCUAUUUUCAACAGCAUGAAAGAUAAAUUAUACAUAUAACCCCAAGUCUGCCACAUACAUCUCUAAUUACAGAACUGAUGGAAGUAUGGCUUAUUGGGGAUAUCUCACUGUGCUAUAAAUUGCUGAAAUGAAAAGGACAGAACUAUAUAUGUCAGACUUAAAGUGUGUGAUAAUGAAAACACAGUAUAUGUGAUAACUGUGAUCGACAUACUGCCAAGUUUUGAAAAUGUGCAAUUUCAAAGAUAACAAGUAUUAUUUCUGUUAAAGGAGUUUAUUACAAUCUCUUAAAGGGUCCUUUUAGUGAGGCAUUUAGCAGAUUCUGCCAUUGUGGUUGAAGCUGUUUUUAAACUUGCAAAGAAAUAUCAAAUUAAAAGCAUUUCUUUAAAUAUU